CAUUUCUCCAACCCUGGAACUGGAGCAGAGGCGGUAGGUAGUCCUUGGGACAUGGUUUACAUAAAACAGGAGCGGGCGCCCGGGGAUGGGGACCCUAAACGCAAGGGGCUGGGUAGGCCUCUGCAGCAGCAGGGCCCGCCAGCGAUUGGCGGAGCUGCCAAGAGCGGGAUGUGUAGAUCUAACCCACAAGCGGGUGGACAGCGUCAGCCCUGCUUAGCCUCUCCGGCCGCGGUCUCCUCCUUCGUUGAGACUUAGAUGAGGAACGAGAGCGCGGAGCGCGGGAGGAUGCAGCGCCCGCUGUAGCCUGGGAGCUCCGGGGAGCUCUGCCUGCUCCUCUGCUUCCUGCUGCUGAACAGCCGCCCAGGGGGCUGCAGAGACCUUACUGGCCACCAUGGUCAGGGCCAAGUGGGAGUGGGACAGCUCUGGCCCUUCCAAGGAUUUCCCACACCAGUCUCCCGGCACUUGCAAGUUGUACUCCAGCAGAUUGUGCCCCAAGGUUUGUUCUGGAAGGGUGACAUCACCCAGGAUGUGAUGACCCAGAAGAUGGAACACAUAAGCAGACUCCAUCCCCAAGAUUUCUGUCUGAGGGAUGGGCAGGCAUCCUUUCCCACCAAAACCACUGGGAGCCCAAUGGUCCAGGUGAACAGGGAUCAGUGCUUUACCUCCAAAAUGGUUUCGAAGGCCCUGAAACAACAGGUGGCCAACCCUGUCAGGGUGAGAUUGGAACCCCCAAGGGCCUGUUUAAAUGAGGGAGGCGGGUAUGAAGAGGGGAAUGAGUAUGGAGGCAUGAAUGGAUAAGCCCAAGGAAAGAUCUUUUCCUGCCCAGUUGAAGCAUACCCCUUUCCUUUUCUCCCCUACAGACCACCUGUGGGUAUCUGUGUGGGAGUUUGGGAGGGCAGGUGCUGGGAGCCUCCAAGAAUGAAAUGGUCUAUAGCAUCAAGUGUAAGCAUAGA